UUCGUACCAGGAGUGGUAAAUCUCGUAGUGGGUGACACCAAAUUACGUUCAGGUGAGGGAAGAAUGAUUGCCGAGGAAAAUGAAGAGGCGUCCAUUCAACACUAAGUUUUUUUCCAACAAGUGUUACCAUAAAAUAUAGAUGUUUCAGUUCUAAACUGCCUUGUUCAUGGAUCAAUUACAUUAGAGUCCUGAUUAUCAAAUCUAAACAGGAUGUAAGGAUGAUCAGAUAAUUAAAAAUGACAAAUAAUCCAGAAGACUGAAGAGAAAGAUGAGAGUAGCACUGCUAACGCCAUAUUAUGAAGGCUCUCUGAAGAAACUGAUUUUACAAAAUAUAGAAGGGACUUGGUCAGGAAGUGUGAUUCAUUCUGCUAUAUACUGAGUUGGCAGCUAAUGAAAUGAAGCAUUCUGAGAUGGCACUUUGAUAAAAUGUAAUGUCAGAUAAUUGGGACCUUACUGUGUUAAUAACAAAACCCAGUGCCCAGUUUUAAGGCUUUUAGUAAUGCUUCUAGAUAUUAUUUCUUUGAACUAAAGUAAGUACAUAAAAAUCGCGGUUUACAUUCCCAGCAGUGGGCUAUCUGUAUGGUGGGGUGAGUAUUCAGAACCCCACAUUUUGACAUGAAGCAUGAUAUAUUUCAUGCUGAACAAAUUAAGCACUCUGUAGAUACAAAGUAAACACAGGGCGUAAUAGUUUAAUUGUAAUCAUGUACAGUUUAAGUUAAAUUUACAGAUACUGAUCUUAUGGAAUGGACCCACAUAGACUGCUUUACCCAGGCUCUAUGCCCCUCUGGGAAUGGAUCCUUCUAAUGAAACAUCUCGUGUGCAAUAAAUCUGGAAACAGUGCCAGUAGUUACACAGUAGAAUUACAUUAACAGGCUUAGGAAGUCACUGCAAAACUUGCUGGGAGAUAAUAAUUUCAGAAGAAACCUCUCAGUACAUGACCGGACAACUUGAAACUUCCAUCCCAGUAAAUGUGACAUUGUAAAACACUUACAAAGAGCACAGUUUAUAUUUACAAAGGAGACUUCAUUUCAUGAUCCUUGUACGUACUCUCUUGACAGUUGAAAGGUGAUUUAAACUGAGGCGUUCUCGUGUCUGCUUUGCCAGGCUUCAGUCUGCAUUAAGCACACUGUUCUGUACCAUUAAAGUUUGUGAUUUGUUCUACGGGACACCAUGUGGGAUGACAUCAGGGCAAAGACAGUACUUCUGCCGUACUUCCUGCUUCUCAAUGACAACAUUUUCGAUGAUGAUGAAGACCAGUUUGGUGUGGAUGCUCACCCUCAGUUACCAGGCACUCAGUCUCACAAGACUGGUGACACUUUCAAGGAAAUUUCAUUCUCUUCAUUUUAUCUUGACGGUGGACAUCGACGAAGAAACUAAUGAACACCGAAACGUCGGUAGACAUGUCGAGCUUCAGUAUUCAAGCACAUCAACAGGCUGGCCCAAGGACGAAAAGGAAAUUACUUGUAGAAAUGUUUUCAUCGCUUGCGAAGAAGUCAAAGAACGAAAAUUAUGUGAGCACAGAAAACUGCGGCCUUCCAGAUUUUGGUUCGACAGAAUUUGGUCCACAUUCUCACGGAGGAUUUUUCGACGCCACUCAAGAAGCCAACAUUCAGCAGUUUAUUAACAAUGAGCAUGUUCCUUACCUGGCCGGUCUUCCAUUUCCUCUCCAAGUGCUACGAGCAACUAACAGGGAUGCUCUCCUCCGUCAGGAUGCUGGCAGGGUGGCGUGUAUGGUCCCAGGGACUUCAACUACUAACCCUUCUUCUCUGGAUGGUGAUGUGCAUCCUGACCUCUCACACACCACCCGUGUGUCGCCAGCCACUGUACAAUGGCUGGUGCAAAACUAUGAAGUGGCUGAUGAUGGGAGCCUCCCUCAUUCUACAUUGUACAACCAUUACCUCCGUCACUGCAGCCAUAACAAAUUAGAUCCUGUUAAUGCGGCAUCGUUUGGGAAGCUCAUCCGUUCUGUUUUUCUUGGGUUGAGAACCAGAAGACUUGGACCAAGGGGUAAUUCGAAAUAUCACUAUUAUGGGAUUCGUUUAAUAUCUGGAUCAUCAUUAAAUCAGCUGUCAGAAGCUGGUGGUCGCCAGCAACCGCUAUCACAGCAUCCUCAUCACCACCAAUUCCUAGGUGAUGGUUCAGGAGAAAUACAUGACUUCCCAGAAAUAGAAUUUCCCCCAGGAUUUGUCCUACCUGAAGACUGCACUUUGGAAGAUGUGGACACAUUACGUAGUAUCUACAGAGAACAUUGUGAGGGUCUCCCCAAAGAUCUUUUUCCAUUUAUUUGCUCGCUCUGUCUCAUUACUUAUAUGAUAAAAUAUCAUUGUUUCAGAGCAAAGCUGUAUCUUUUAUCCAAGUGUGGGUCAGUCCAACAGUUUGUCCGACGCAUUGAUUACCUUUUUUAUCAGAAUCUAGUCGAAGUUCUCAUUCCAGAUGUCCUUAGGCCAAUUCCAAGUUCAUUAACGCAAGCAAUUCGCAACUUUGCAAAAGGCCUGGAUUCGCGGCUAACAGCAGCCAUGACAGGCUGCCCUGAGGAAAUGGUGAACAUCAAAGUGUCUGCCGUUAGUGCCUUAGCACAGUCUUUAUGGCGCUACACCUCACUAAACCAUCUCGCUCAAACUGCACGUGCUAUCCUUCAGAACUCUGCACAGAUAAAUCAAAUGCUGGUUGACCUUAAUCGAGUUGAUUUUCAUAAUGUACAAGAACAGGCAUUGUGGGUCUGUCAGUGUGAUGACCGAAUGGUACAGCAACUGGAAGCUGACUUCAAGGUGACAUUACAACGGCAAUGUUCUUUGGAAGAGUGGGCAGCCCGGCUGAAGGGUGUCGUUACGCAGGUGCUAAAACCUUAUGAAGGGAAACCAAACUUUGCCAAGGUCGCAAGACAGUUUUUACUCAAAUGGUCAUUUUAUAGCUCAAUCGUCAUCAGAGACCUAACCCUCCGAAGCGUGGUAAGCUUUGGCUCCUUUCAUCUGAUCCGUCUGUUGUAUGAUGAAUACAUGUUCUUCCUUAUCGGGCAUCAGGUGGCCUUGGAGACAGGGGAGACUCCGAUUGCAGUCAUGGGAGGGAAAUACAAUAACAAUCUGUCCAGUGGCUACCUCCAGCCUGGGCCAUGUAAUGGGGGCAUAUCUCUCAGUAUGAGAGUUCCUGUAUCUAUUGGGGGGAAGAUGGAUCCCACAACCCUGCUUGCUGGAAAUAGUGAAGUGAACCGCCAGCCAGUAGCGACAAAGCGCCCCAAGAUCAGCUAACAACUACAUUAAUUCUAGUCAUGGGGAGAUGAAAAUUUACCUCAGAAUUCAUCUUGACACCUUAUGCCAUAUUUAUCAGAGACUUGUGAAAUAUAAUUCAUUAUAGCAGAAUGCUUCAAUAAGUAGGGGACCAUUUGGCAUAUAUUCUGAUUAAAUAUAACUUUUCAAGCAUACCAAAAAUAAAUUUGAGGUGUAAAUGCUAGCUUGGUGAUGAAACUUGUAAAGUGUUCAAAAAGUCACGCAACUUUAUGGGGGGACGCAUGUUGUUGUUCAACACAUGUAAUUGUUUUUUGUUGUUUUUUUUUGUCCAUGUGAUGACGGACAGUGAGUAGCCGUGGGGUACACGUUGCAGGAGCGUAUAUUUAUUGUCACGCUGUACAUCCACUCCGGCAGUUAUGCCAGGGCGCAGGAGACCUUCUCAGAAAAGUACGGAACAGUUGCUCCAAACAAAUUGUCCAACAUGCGGCUACACGACAAGUUUCAGGAGACAGGGAAAGUCGAGGACGCAUCGAGUAGCGGUCGACCAAAGGUGUUAACACAGGAAAAGUUGGUCGACGUGCAAGCUGUAUAUGCUGUGAUGUUGCCUGUGCAACUAAUUUACGCAGUAUUAAGGAAUUGCAAGCGAACAUUCAGAAUUGUGUAGAUGCAAUCCCAUGGCAAACAUUGCAAAGGGUCUUCAAGAACAAGAUUAACCAUGUCCACUUGUGUGAAACACAGAACGGCGGCCACUUCCAGCACUUACUGUGAAAUAAAUAGUUUCCCCAUAAGGUUGCGUGACUUUUUGAACACUCUGUAUGUGUAUUUCUCAAGCUGAAUACUGCAGUCAAAUUUAAAUAUCUGCAAGAGACAAAGAACAGGAAAUAUUUCACAUAAAAUAAAGAUAACUGAAACGUGUUUGAUAUUAUGGAACAGAAGUAUUUAUUAUCAUUUUUAUUCUGUGCAAGGAUGGUUUCAAGUUGACUUUUGCAACAUAUUUUCUAUGUGCUUAGAAUAUGCCAGUUGAGUUAAGAUCAAUUUUGUGUAAGUCAUUAUACAAGCAUAUGGCACUGCUUAAAAUGACACUGAAUUUUAUGUGUGAUGUGAUUCAUAAUAAUGUUCUCUGUUUUGUAAUCAGCAUCACAGUUACGUGUUUUUGUGUCAUGUGAAACUACAUCAGAACAGCACCAUGUUACCAAACAACUAUACAAUAUAAUACAUAAGAGAGUUACUAUUUAUGUUCUCAGCACAAAAUACACAGAAUGUUGAUGAGCUUAUUCAAAAAAUGAAGAGUUAGGCACAUUCACACCAAAAUCCUGAUCAAGCAAGAAAUUAUAACAUUGACUAAAAACAUUCUUCCUGCUGUAUUUUUGCUCAAGAUUCCAUCCAUUCAUAAAGUAAAUUAUUCCUUUUAAUUGUUAAUUGUAAUGGAGAAGAAAUGAGGAGGGUCUGUAUACGUAGGAUUCAGAUACAUUCCUUAAAAUACAAUAUGAUCACAAUAUUAGUUUUGUUAAUUAUAUUAAUGACUCAUGUUUGUUAAAUAACAAAGCAUGGUGAUACUCUUGAAUUUUGCAGCAUAGUCGAGAGUUAUAAAGUUAGAAUUGUAGUUUCACUGUAAUGAAUCUUCUGCAUAUUCAGAACCAUGUGGAGGCUUCACUUAACUAAUGAAACCAUGUUCACGAAUGGAACAUUAUCAUUCAUUAUGAUUGUCUUUCUGUUUCAUGGCUUUGGUAAAUUUACGUUAUGAGAAAUAUUGUAUAGCAUGUGUGUAAAUGACAUAAAUAUUAUUUUGUUGGAAAUUACAAAUA